AUGCAGAUGCUAGUGCAUGGAUUCCCAUCCAAGCUUAGUGCGUUGCAGUUUGAGUGGGCAUGGCAGCAUCCGCAUCUGUCGCGACAUCUGGAGGAUCAAGCGUUCGUGCUCGGGCGGUGUCGACUUGUAUCAAGUGUGUGCACAGCAUGA